UCCAUAGGCAUUCUUCUUAUGAGAAACUGAUUUGAAUCCAGACUGGCCACUUUAGGACGGAUUUUAAAAGAAUUCACAAUGAAUCAGGAUCAGAAGCUUAUGGAGCCCGAAGAGUGGUACCCACGUCUGUGUCACCAAGACCACCAAGGAGAAACUCCUUCAAGAUGAAGACUUUACGGAAAGUCGAUGAGACAGCCGAAUCGGCACCCGAUUCAUUAAAAGAAAGUUUCAACGAACUUGUUCAACACCUCACCAGUCAUUUGACGUCCGAAUCUCCACAAGUAAGGCCAUUUUCUCUUGGAUGGGUGCUCAAGAAAUCGGAUGUCGAAAAUGACAGAAAUCAUCACAGAUGAGGACAGUCCGAGAUUUUACUUAAAAAGAGCAUGUGAACAUCCGUUCUUCAUUGGAAGACUGUUUGUCAAGAUGUGCAGAGCCGCAAAAAUUCCAUGCAUACUUGUGAAAGGUCAGGUGAAAAGUACUUCUUACGACACUACUAACAAGAACAUCAAACUAGAAAACAUCUGGGCAGUUGUUUACGUGGCUAGCAGCUGGCGGUUCGUGUUCCCUCACUGGGCCUUUGUUGCAUCAAAAGGCCACCAAAAGGAAAACUGGAUGCUGGUUGAAGAUUGUGGACAGGCCUUCAGAACAAAGUUCAAAGCAAGUGAUGGAGAACUGGUAACCCACGUCAAUGAAUUUUUUUUCCUGACUGACCCCGAAGUGCUGAAAUACAUGUGUUAUCCAGAUGACAGUGAGAAGCAGCUUUUGACUGAGCCAUGGACAGAAGAAAACUUUUUUGCUUCGCCUUAUUUCUCGCAGUCAUAUUUCUCAUCUGGGUGGAUUCUGAUUAGACCUUUGACUGGUCAAAUAAAGACUGAAGCUGGACGCUGUUUUGUCGACCUGUCCAGCCCAGAAGCAGAUUCAAAACUUAAAUAUCAACUGUUUUUCGAUCAAAGUUGUUCGGAGAGUAAAUUUCCGCAAGAGUUUCAAAUGGAUCGCUAUGUAACCAUGGCGAAUCAAGGUUUGAGAAAGGAAUCAAUUAUGAUGAGACUUCCAGUUACUGGAACAUAUAAACUGGUACUGGCUGUCGUUAACCAGGCUGGGUACGAGUGCAACCUAAUGGAAUUUGGUAUCGUCUGCGAUUAUGUGGAACCUGAGAUACGACCGUUCCCACCCCAACCUCAGAAUCAAUAUGGAUUUACUGAGACAGCAUUAAAAUUUGGCUUAUCAAAGCCUUCUCACAAAGAAGGGACUGUACAAGUGAAAAGUGGCGAGAAGAUCAACAUCAGCUUCAAUGUUCCUUCCGAAGACGAUGUUUCAGCAAGACUGCUCCACAACACGCGAACACCAGAGCAACUGCGGAACAACGUUAGUGUGGGAAGAGACAAUAACAGGGCGACCGUUAAUGUUAAACUGCCGGCAGAUGACCCAUCACCUGAAUAUUCUCUUGAAAUUGAGGCCAUAAAAUCAGACAAAGUCAGCAGAACAGUCAAGGACAAGAUCAUGUUAAACUACUUGCUGACCAGCGACUACUCUUGGCAGGAAGCAAGGUACAAGGGUGUACGAGAGGAGCUGCUCGCUGCUAUGCAGGGGAAAAAUUUGGAUCGUCUAAAUCGUGCACUUGAAGACUUCAUAGCUACAAAGUUUCAAGACAAAGGAGAGAUAGAGAAGGCCAAGACAGCAUUAUGGGCAUUGUGUAAAGAAGAAAUGGAAAAAACGCUUUACAAUCAAAAGCUGAAAGAGAUGGAAGAAUGUCUUAUUAAAAUAGCUAAUACCUGUGUCGGUAAAGAGGCGCGAGAAAAGUUUUGGUUCAAGCACACCCAACAGCUAUACUGGAAUCUGGAAGAGUUCCUACAAAACCACAGGGAGGGGCAGUUGUUAACGGGUGACGAAGUGAAUAUUUUCAAAUCUUCUGACGACGCGAUUAAUGUCCUAUUUGCUGUCUUCAUCCUACUCGGAGAAAACCAAUCAGAACUAAGUACGUGGCAAAAGAUAUGGACAAAAAUGAACCAAAUAACCGCCAAUCAACUACACGAAACACUGAUAACAUUUGACGACUCUGUGUUGACCCGAGAGCAGGUGGAUCUAGCAGAAGAAAAAUUGAUGAGAUGUGAUGGAAGUUUUCACGGCGAUAAAUUCCACAGGACUCUUUAUUUAUGGUGCCUGAACAGGGUGAAGUCCUUCCGAUCCAGAGAAAAGUGUACAAAAAGCAACUAGUUUAGUCAAAACCAAGGACUAGGGUAAAAGACAAGGCUGUGGCUCUAAACUCACAUCCUCCAAAACAAUUUACAUUUAAUGUUGUACAGAAAAUGAUAAAGUAACAUGUAUGAUGUAAAAUUACAGUAGAAUUUAUUUCAUUUGUUUUCUACUGUAAACAUCAGUACUUCCCUAUAUCAUUCACGAAGUCGCUUAUUUAAGCAUGUCUAUUAAGCAUGUAUAA